AUGGACGGUGGCUACAUCCUCGUAGCCAAGGACGACUUCAGCCAAUUCAAGCGGCUGUGGGAAACGGACGUUGCCAACGCGCAAGUGGUUGCGCGUUGUUUGCUGCAAUGGUUCAGUGUGUUUGGCAUGUGCUAUCAUUGGGUCAGCGACCGAGGGUCGCAUUUCAAGAACGAAUGUCCGUGGGCAAAUGGCACAGUCGAAAGUGCCAUGAAAACGACCCUGAAGAAAUUCCGAGCGCUUCUCUCGGAAUGGUUGAUGCAACCCGAUCAGUGGCGACUGAUUGUGCCGGUAGUGAUGCAUGUGCUAAACCAGAGCCCAUCGGAGACCCUCGGUGGGACGUCUCCGAUCACGGCUAUGACGGGUGGACCAGCGAUGUCACCCCUGGAUCGCUUAGCCCUUCCCGGUCCGACGAAAAUAACGACCUUGGAAGAACUGUGGUCGUUGCGCCAAGAAGAGCUCAAGUCGUUAGUACUGUCUCUAGACAGUAUGCACGAGAAGAUUGUGGAGGCGUCGUCGAAGAAACGCCUCAAGAAACGCCAAAGAAGACUGAAGACGAAAGGCGUCGAAAUGGCUCAACUCGACGUGGGUGACUUUGUUUUGUACAUGGACGUGUGGUCCAUGUCUCCUUCCAAGUUGAGUGUCACGUGGCGUGAACCAGCUCAAGUUGUGAAGACAACUUCGGAUUGGAUUUUCGAAAACCGAAAUUUGGUCACGGGCUAG